GCUAUUAUUUAUAGCAGAGUGAGCUGAACAUCAGUGAGAAAAAGUCUGUUUACUGAACUACAGAACCAGGAGCAAGAGAGGAUGGGCACUGCUGGAAAAGUUAUUAAAUGCAAAGCAGCUGUGUUAUGGGAGCUGAAUAAACCCCUUUGCAUUGAGGAAAUAGAAGUUGCCCCACCAAAGGCUAAAGAAGUUCGUAUCAAGAUUAUUGCCACAGGAAUCUGUGGCACAGAUGACCAUGUGAUUAAAGGAGUAAUGGUGGCUAAAUUUCCUGUGAUCUUGGGACAUGAAGGAGCUGGGGUUGUGGAAAGCAUUGGAGACGGAGUGACUACAGUGAAACCAGGUGACAAAGUCAUUCCCCUCUUUCUGCCUCAAUGCAGAGAAUGCAAAGUUUGCCUCAACCCAUAUGGAAACGCUUGCAUUAAGUCCGACUUUACUGGUCGUGGAGUACUGGCUGAUGGCACUAGCAGAUUUACAUGCAAAGGCAAAACAGUGUACCACUUCUUAGGCACCAGCACAUUUUCUGAGUACACAGUGUUGGAUGAAUUUUCCAUUGCUAAGAUUGAUGACGCGGCUCCUCUUGAGAAAGUCUGUUUAAUUGGGUGUGGAUUUUCCACGGGAUAUGGAGCUGCUAUUAAAACUGGCAAGGUCACUCCGGGUUCCACCUGUGCUGUUUUUGGCCUGGGAGGAGUUGGCCUUUCAGUCAUUAUGGGCUGUAAGUCAGCUGGUGCUUCCAGGAUCAUUGGAAUUGACCUCAACAAAAGCAAGUUUGAGAAGGCCAAGGCUGUUGGAGCCACGGAGUGCAUCAGUCCCAAGGACUUUACCAAGCCCAUCAGUGAGGUGCUGUCAGAAAUGACAGACAACAACGUGAGCUACAGUUUUGAAGUAAUUGGGCGUCUUGAUACAAUGGUUGAUGCCCUCGCAUCCUGCCAUGAGAACUAUGGGACUAGCGUGGUGGUAGGUGCUCCUCCAUCAGACACCAAGCUUACAUAUGACCCAUUCCUGCUCUUCUCUGGACGCACAUGGAAGGGAUGCGUGUUUGGAGGUUGGAAAAGCAGGGAUGAUGUUCCAAAAAUAGUGACUGACUUCCUGAAAGGGAAAUAUGACCUGGACCAGUUGAUAACCCAUGUUUUACCUUUUAAAAAAAUCCAGGAUGGAUUUGAACUGCUCUAUUCAGGGCAAAGCAUUCGAGUCAUCCUGAUGUUUUGAAAUUCUAAGUGGCAGGCGGUCUGCCGUUGCGUGAUGGUGACCUGGAGCCGCCCUUUCACACAUCCCUCUGCUGAGACUGUGGAGCUUCUUCAUAUAUAUAAGCAGGAACAGAAGA